AGCGUGAAUCAGCAAGAGGUAACCCUGACAGCCGGUGCUGAGGCACGUUGUGACUUGCCUGAUCUUUGGCCACAGAUGAUGAAAUGCGCUCGUUGGCCUUGGGCGAUGGAGGGUUUCCAGAUUCUCUUUAUGUAAAGGCUCUGUAGGGAUUGCGCAGACAGGAAGACACUCCUUGUGGAGUUAGAGAGGAAAAGACCGCUUAGAAACUUCUGAUCUAUUUAAACUUGAUUUUCCAAAGCCAUUUCUGCUUCCAUUCCUAGCCUUUGGCUUGCAUGCCAGCCAAGAACAGGCUUAGUAAAGAAAUUAGUCAUGAUACUAAGAAAUUCCGAUUUGGGCUGCCUUCUCCAGAUCAUAAAUUAGGAUUACCUGUGGGCCAACAUGUUUACCUUUCUGCAAGAAUUGAUGGGAAUCUGGUGAUUCGAGCCUAUACCCCAGUUUCCAGUGAUGAGACAAAAGGUUAUGUUGAUUUAAUUAUAAAGGUCUACCACAAAAAUGUGCAUCCCAAGUUCCCAGAAGGUGGGAAGAUGUCCCAGUACCUUAAUGACAUGAAGAUUGGAGAUAUUAUUGAUUUCAGAGGGCCAAAUGGGCUCCUUGUCUAUAAGGGGGCAGGUACCUUUCUUAUCAAGCCUCAUAAGAAGUCUGAAGCAGAGAAGAAGUUUGCAAAACAUCUUGGGAUGAUAGCUGGAGGAACAGGAAUAACUCCGAUGUUGCAGCUGAUUCGUCGUAUCACAAGUGAUCCCAAGGACUCCACUAAAUGUUAUCUUCUUUUUGCGAAUCAGGCGAAGAAAGAUAUAUUACUGAGAGCUGAGCUAGAAGACAUUGCUAAGAGGCAUCCUGAUCAGUUCACUCUUUGGUAUACACUGGACAGACCUCCACAAGAUUGGAAGUACAGUUCUGGCUUCAUCACUGCAGAGAUGAUUCAAAGCCACCUCCCUCCCCCUGGCAGCGAGACACUCAUUCUCCUGUGUGGGCCACCACCCAUGAUUCAGUUUGCCUGUCAGCCCAACCUGGACAAACUUGGCUAUCCCAAGAGCAGUACAUUUUCUUAUUAACACUGAUGUCAUCUGAUACUUUUUCCUAAGUACUGUGUGUUUUCCUACAGGAACAACUGGUAUGUAACUGCA